AUGUCCACCAUGACGACCUUCGAAAGGAGUCACUCCUGUACUUCCAGUACCUCACUCUCCAUGUCCAGCCCGCGCCUCUCGGUUCGACGCGAGACCACACCGCCGGGCUCGGAACUCUCGUUGAUCCAUCUCCAUGACCGAAUGAACCAACUGGACUCGCGCGUCCUGGAGCUGCGCUCCACCGUCCUGACCAAGGAGGGCUACGUCGACCGCCGGAACCGUGAGGAUGAUCAUAUUCGUCGUGAAUUCGAGAACCACCGCGCCAUCUCCCACCGCAUUGAUCUCAAUGUCGUGGCCCUACGCUCAGAUGUCGAUCAGAUCAAGACGAGUAUCUUUCAGCUAAAGUCGAGUAUCGGCCAAGCCGGUACGGAGACCGUUUACCUCCGAGGCGAUGUGGACCGUUUGCAAAAGACCAUUGAUCAGCUCCAAGUGGACAUUGAGUCGAUGAAGAGUGAAGCAUGUGCGACACGUAUCGAUAUCAGCAAAUUGCAGUCUGCCACCAACCAACUCCGCACGGAUCUGAUGACCCUAGACCACAAGAUCUCCCGUCAGUACCAUACUUUACACUCGCGGAUGGAUUCAAUCGAAUCUCAGAUGAAAUAUGCCGAUCGUGUCCGUUUCAACUCUCUCGCCCACACUGUCCACGCUCCUAUCAGCCCGGUUCCGGUGAUUACGGAUGACGGCGCCCUCGAAUGGCCCCAGUAUUUCCCACGUACUGUGUGGAGGUUCUGGUGCCUCAAGAAGCGAAGCCGAGUUCAUCGUUUGGUUGAACUCGCAGAAUUCUACCAACUGGGUGAUUACCAAGAUUGGUGUCGCAUGCAUCCUACCGACAUGUUUGCCGACGACAGCGAUUCCAGCAGCUCCAGUGAUGGCUCCUUCAGCAUCACACGCGCGGAAGCUGUCCGCCGGCAUCCUGAGGCUGCGCACCAGGCACUGGCAGCCACCCUGGGUCUUAUCUACUAUAAGAUCCGCAAUGAGGUCGGUGAAGGACCGCAUGGUCCCAUUACCGUACGCCCUCCAAAGCGUCAGCAGGAGGAUGUUGCUUCCACAAGCUCGAGCAACAAGUCCAAGCCUGUCAAGAUCCCCCGCCGCCCCAGUGUUUCCGACACUUUUCUCCACCGCCUGGUCACCGGCGGCCCCUCUGUUGGUUCCAAAUCUUCGACGUCCGAAGAAUUCGACAAGCUCGGUUGGAAUCCAUUUGCCGACGUCUCGGACGACGCCAUGAGCAAACUCCGGUCGAUCGACCCCCAGGACAUUGGGACCGUGUUGCGUGCCCUGGAGCAAGGUCGUCUGAAGCUGAAGCCCAGCCGAUCUGAGAAGCUCAACAUGUCCCCCACGGAAUCGAAAGCUAGUCACCCGUUACCGAGUGGCAAAGCUGCCGAGCCCACCCCACAGGAAGAUGUGGUGCCAACCGUGCCCAACACGAUUCCCACUCAGCCUGUCACCUUGGAAGAGUGCAAGAUGCCUCCUUCUGUUCACGAUAUCCCCGCAACUGCAUCCGACGCCGACAGUUCAACAACCUGA